ACCGCUCUCAUCACAACAACCUUCCCAACAAAGAAACAAAGAAAAUUCUUCUCCCAAAGAAAAUUUGCAAAUUCCUCUUAUGGACACGAAGAUUGGAUCCGUUGACACGUGUAGGCCAUUCAACAAUGACGUGGGCAACGCCCCCUCCAUCGGCGCCAUCACCAUCCAGAACUCCUCCUUCCACUGCAACUCCGCCGACGCCACGCUCGGCCGCCACCUCGCUCGCCGCCUCGUGCAGAUAGGGGUGAGUGACGUCUUCGCCGUCCCUGGUGACUUCAACCUCACGCUCCUCGACCAUCUCAUUGACGAGCCCGGGCUCAACCUCAUCGGCUGCUGCAACGAGCUCAAUGCCGGAUACGCUGCCGACGGUUACGCUAGGUCCCGCGGAGUCGGUGCUUGCGCCGUCACCUUCACCGUCGGAGGCCUCAGCGUCCUCAAUGCCAUUGCCGGCGCCUACAGCGAGAACCUCCCUCUCAUAUGCAUUGUUGGCGGCCCCAACUCCAAUGACUACGGGACCAACCGGAUCCUCCAUCACACCAUCGGCUUACCCGAUUUCAGCCAGGAGCUUCGUUGUUUUCAAACCAUCACUUGUUAUCAGGCCGUGGUGAACAAUUUGGAGGAUGCGCAUGAGUUGAUCGAUACUGCGAUAUCGACGUCGUUGAAAGAGAGUAAGCCGGUUUACAUAAGCAUAAGCUGUAACCUGGCAGGGAUUCCACAUCCUACCUUCAGCCGUGAACCGGUUCCAUUUUCGAUCAAUCCACGAUUGAGUAAUCAGAUGGGGUUGGAAGCCGCGGUGGAAGCGGCGGCAGAGUUUCUGAACAAGGCUGUAAAGCCAGUUAUGGUGGGAGGUCCAAAAAUGCGUGUUGCGAAAGCUUGCAAAUCCUUCGUGGAGUUGGCGGAUACUUGUGGCUAUGCCGUGGCGGUUAUGCCGUCGGCCAAGGGACUAGUUCCCGAACACCACCCUCAUUUCAUCGGAACUUACUGGGGCGCCGUUAGCACGUCGUUCUGCGCUGAGAUCGUCGAAUCCGCCGAUGCUUACUUGUUCGCCGGACCUAUUUUCAACGACUACAGCUCCGUCGGCUACUCCCUCCUUCUGAAGAAGGAGAAGGCGAUCAUCGUUCAGCCUGAUCGCGUGACGAUCGGAAACGGACCUGCAUUUGGUUGUGUCCUGAUGAAGGAUUUCCUCUCCGCUUUGGCUAAGAGACUCAACUGCAACAAGACGGCUUACGAAAAUUACCACAGGAUUUAUGUUCCUGAAGGGAGUCCUGUCAAAUGUGAGCCCAAAGAGCCAUUAAGGGUGAAUGUUCUCUUCCAGCACGUUCAGAAAAUGCUGUCCAGUGAAUCCGCCGUCAUUGCUGAGACAGGGGAUUCCUGGUUCAAUUGCCAGAAGCUGAAACUACCAGAAGGGUGCGGGUAUGAGUUCCAAAUGCAGUAUGGGUCAAUUGGUUGGUCUGUUGGUUCCACUCUUGGCUAUGCUCAAGCUGUUCCCGAGAAGCGGGUGAUUUCCUUCAUUGGAGACGGUAGUUUUCAGGUAACCGCUCAGGAUGUGUCGACGAUGCUGCGAUGCGGGCAGAGGAGCAUAAUCUUCCUGAUCAAUAAUGGUGGCUACACAAUCGAAGUUGAAAUCCAUGAUGGACCUUACAACGUAAUCAAGAACUGGGAUUACACUGCCCUUGUUGAUGCAAUUCACAACGGCCAGGGCAAAUGCUGGACAACCAAGGUUCGUUACGAAGAUGAACUAGUUGCAGCAAUCGAGACAGCAACUGGAGCAAAGAAAGAUUGUCUAUGCUUCAUUGAAGUAAUUGCUCACAAGGAUGACACGAGCAAAGAGUUGCUGGAAUGGGGGUCGAGGGUCUGUUCAGCCAACAGCAGGCCACCAAACCCACAGUAAAAACCCACAGAAACUGAUAUUUGAAGGCAAUUUGGCUGAGAUGUUAUUGAACUAGGCUGCUGCUUAGAAAGCUUCAGUAGCAGCCAACUUCUCUCUGUUUUCAUGUUUUCUGCUGAUUAAAAUGAGUAUUAUUCUCUCU